AGGGUAUCUCCCAGAGCCCCAGCUGGUGUGGCCAGGUCCCAGUAGUAGGAUGGGGCUCCCCCUACGAGGGCCAGUGGCAGCGAGAACUGAUACAGCCCCCCUGGUCUGGGGCCAGGACACCAGCUGAGGAGGGCAGGAGUGUCUGAAGCCAUGGCUGGUGCCUCGGUGAAAGUAGCAGUGAGGGUUCGGCCCUUUAACGCCCGUGAGACCAGCCAGGAUGCCAAGUGUGUGGUCAGCAUGCAGGGCAACACCACCUCCAUCAUCAAUCCUAAACAGAGCAAGGAUGCCCCCAAAAGCUUCACCUUUGACUACUCCUACUGGUCACACACUUCGGCGGAGGACCCCCAGUUUGCAUCUCAGCAGCAAGUGUAUCGGGACAUUGGAGAAGAGAUGCUGCUCCACGCCUUUGAAGGCUACAACGUGUGCAUCUUUGCCUAUGGGCAGACCGGGGCUGGGAAAUCCUAUACCAUGAUGGGGCGGCAGGAGCCAGGGCAGCAGGGCAUCGUGCCCCAGCUCUGUGAGGACCUCUUCUCUCGCGUUAGUGAGAACCAGAGUGCUCAGCUAUCCUACUCUGUGGAGGUGAGCUAUAUGGAGAUCUACUGUGAGCGGGUACGAGACCUCUUGAACCCCAAGAGUCGGGGUUCUCUGCGGGUCCGGGAGCAUCCCAUCCUGGGCCCCUACGUGCAGGACCUGUCCAAGUUGGCUGUGACCUCCUAUGCAGACAUUGCUGACCUCAUGGACUGUGGAAAUAAAGCACGGACUGUGGCUGCCACCAACAUGAAUGAGACCAGCAGCCGAUCCCAUGCCGUCUUUACCAUCGUCUUCACACAGCGCUGCCAUGACCAGCUCACUGGGCUGGACUCGGAGAAGGUCAGUAAGAUCAGUUUGGUGGACCUUGCUGGGAGUGAGCGAGCCGACUCCUCAGGGGCCCGGGGCAUGCGCCUGAAGGAGGGCGCCAACAUUAAUAAGUCCCUGACUACUCUAGGGAAGGUGAUCUCGGCCCUUGCAGAUAUGCAAUCCAAGAAGCGGAAGUCGGAUUUUAUCCCCUACAGGGACUCUGUGCUCACCUGGCUGCUCAAGGAAAAUUUGGGUGGGAACUCACGCACAGCAAUGAUUGCAGCCCUGAGCCCUGCUGACAUCAAUUACGAGGAGACUCUCAGCACCCUCAGGUACGCUGACCGCACCAAGCAAAUCCGCUGCAAUGCCGUCAUCAACGAGGACCCGAAUGCCCGGCUGAUCAGAGAGCUGCAGGAGGAAGUAGCCCGGCUGCGGGAACUACUGAUGGCUCAGGGACUGUCAGCCUCUGCUCUGGAAGGCCUGAAGGCGGAGGAAGGGAAUGUCGGAAGCGCCCUGCCAGCUGUGUCAUCUCCCCCGGCUCCACCCUCAUCACCCACCACACAUAAUGGGGAGCUGGAGCCGUCAUUCUCCCCCAACACAGAGCCCCAGAUUGGGCCUGAGGAAGCCAUGGAGAGGCUACAGGAGACAGAGAAGAUAAUAGCUGAGCUGAACGAGACGUGGGAGGAGAAGCUGCGCAAGACAGAAGCCUUGAGGAUGGAGAGAGAAGCAUUGCUGGCUGAGAUGGGGGUGGCCGUCCGGGAGGACGGGGGAACUGUGGGCGUCUUCUCUCCAAAGAAGACUCCCCACCUGGUGAACCUGAACGAAGACCCUCUGAUGUCUGAGUGUCUGCUCUACCACAUCAAGGAUGGUGUCACCAGGGUCGGCCAGGUAGAUAUGGACAUCAAGCUGACCGGACAGUUCAUUCGGGAGCAACACUGUCUCUUCCGCAGCAUCCCCCAGCCAGAUGGAGAAGUGGUGGUCACUCUGGAGCCUUGUGAAGGAGCUGAGACAUAUGUGAAUGGGAAGCUUGUGACGGAGCCGCUGGUGCUGAAGUCAGGGAAUAGGAUUGUGAUGGGCAAGAACCACGUUUUCCGCUUCAACCACCCGGAGCAGGCGAGGCUGGAACGGGAACGAGGGGUCCCCCCACCCCCAGGACCGCCCUCUGAGCCAGUCGACUGGAACUUUGCCCAGAAGGAACUGCUGGAGCAGCAAGGCAUCGACAUCAAGCUGGAAAUGGAGAAGAGGCUGCAGGAUCUGGAGAAUCAGUACCGGAAAGAAAAGGAAGAAGCCGAUCUUCUGCUGGAGCAGCAGCGACUGUAUGCAGACUCAGACAGCGGGGAUGACUCUGACAAGCGCUCCUGUGAAGAAAGCUGGCGACUCAUCUCCUCCUUGCGAGAGCAGCUGCCGCCCACCACGGUCCAGACCAUUGUCAAACGCUGUGGCCUGCCCAGCAGUGGCAAGCGCAGGGCCCCUCGCAGGGUUUAUCAGAUCCCCCAGCGACGGAGGCUGCAGGGCAAAGACCCCCGCUGGGCUACCAUGGCUGACCUGAAGAUGCAGGCCGUGAAGGAGAUCUGCUACGAGGUGGCCCUGGCUGACUUCCGCCACGGGCGGGCUGAGAUUGAGGCCCUGGCCGCCCUCAAGAUGCGGGAGCUGUGUCGCACCUAUGGCAAGCCGGAGGGCCCCGGAGAUGCCUGGAGGGCCGUGGCCCGGGAUGUCUGGGACACUGUGGGCGAGGAGGAAGGAGGUGGAGCUGGCAGUGGUGGUGGCAGUGAGGAGGGAGCCCGAGGGGCAGAGGUGGAGGACCUCCGGGCCCACAUCGACAAGCUGACGGGGAUUCUGCAGGAGGUGAAGCUGCAGAACAGCAGCAAGGACCGGGAGCUGCAGGCCCUGCGGGACCGCAUGCUCCGCAUGGAGAGGGUCAUCCCCCUGGCCCAGUUCAAGAGCAACCCCCAGCACCGGGAGUCUUGGCCAGGGAUGGGGAGCGGGGAGGCUCCAGCUCCACCCCAACCCCCUGAGGAGGUCACUCCCCCUCCAGCCACCCCUGCCCGCAGGCCUCCGAGUCCCCGAAGGUCCCACCAUCCCCGCAGGAACUCCCUGGAUGGAGGGGGCCGAUCCCGGGGAGCGGGUUCUGCACAGCCUGAACCCCAGCACUUCCAGCCCAAAAAGCACAACUCUCAUCCCCAGGCGCCCCAACCCUACCCAGCCCAGCGGCCCCCAGGGCCCCGCUACCCCCCAUACACUACUCCCCCACGAAUGAGACGGCAGCGCUCUGCCCCUGACCUCAAGGAGAGUGGGGCGGCUGUGUGAGUCCCACAUCCUGGGCAGAGGGCCUGGUGGGGCCCCUUGCUAGGAGAAGGGAAGACGCCCGAGGCGCCGCUUCCCCGGAAGCUGGGGCAGGGAGGCCCAGGAGAUGAGAGAGAAGGUCCGAGUAGGUGAUAGAAGACGCAGGGGAGGCCGAGCUGGAGGCUGAGGAAAGGAAGAGGGCACGGAGUUGCCAGGAGCAAACCAAAGUGAAGCGAGAGAGGAAGCUGCCUCGGGGCCACCCCUCGCAAGGGGGUGGGUCCCACAAACGCUGCUAUGGGUGGGGUGGGGGGCUGGGGGGCUGCGUAGCCAGUGUUUGACUUUCUUUUUAAGUAGGGGAAAGGGGGAGAGGACAGAGUGAGGCAAGUUCUCCCCAGCCCCUGUCCGUCUGUCUGUCUGUCUGUGGUGGUUUCUGUUUCUAGGGAGACAUGGUAGGAUCAUAAGUCAUUCCCCUCCUCUUCCAGGCCUCCUGCUGUAUUUGGGGGACCUGACUGGUGUGGCUGGAGUCCCAUGAGGAUGUGGCCCCUUUAAUAAAGGAUAGUGAACAGGGA